UGUCAUUUGCUUUCAAUUCAUUUGUUUUGGAUUUAAUUCAUUUGGAAAUCCAUUCACUCUUUUAAAGCAAUUAUUUAUUUAAACCACAAAUCAUUGUCUCAUCCCUUCAUUGAUCCACAGAUUGUCUUCAUAUGAACUAAUGAUGUGUGAAGUGAGUGAAGAAGUGCUCAUCAAAUCAAUCAGAGAAAUCCUGGUCUCCGCCGAUCUUAAUGUCAUGACAUCGAAGCUCGUGAGGAAUGAACUCAAGAAUCGGUUGAAUGUCGAGGACUUGGAUUCGCGUAAAAAGCAAAUCAAUUCAAUCAUCACUGAUGUGAUCAAUGAAUUGAAUGAAAGAAGUAGUGAUAAGACGUUCGUGAAGGAAGAAGUUGUGGUUAAGAGAGAAGACAUUGUGGUUAAGAGGGAAGACAUUUCGGGCACCAAAGGGAAGGACGAGUCGGACACGAGUAGUGAUAGUAGUAGUGAUGACGACAGCCCUGUCAGUGACGGCGAUUUGGCCCGAAAGCUGCACAACGAGGAGUUGGACUCCAAGCGAAGAGUCACUCGUAAUAACAGUUCCCACACCAAGAAGUCUUCGGUGAAAAAGACCAAAAAACGCAAAACGAAAUACAAUUCUGAAGACGACAAGAAGCCUAAAAAGCAAAAGAAUGGAUAUUUAAAGCCUUGUGUAUUGUCUACAGAUUUGGCCGACUUUUUAGGGGAACCGGAGAUGCCGCGACACGAAGUGGUCAAACGGAUCUGGACUUAUGUCAAAGAGAAUAAUCUUCAGGAUCCCAAGAACAAGCAGUUCGCCAUCUGUGACAACCAAUUAACCAAAAUCUUCUCCGGUCGGAAGCGAAUCCGUAUGUUCGGAAUGAUGAAGAUUUUGUCCAAACAUCUCAACUGACAACUCGUUUCCGACUUAUUUUCAUCCAAACAUUUAAUUAUCGCUAUAUUUCAACGUUUCGUCACAAUUAAAGCGAUCGAAACGACUCAUCACUCAAUCAAUUUCGACACAC